AUGUUUAAUGAAAUAGAAGGAAAGAACGAUGAUGUGGCCAUAAGUACUUUCAAAGCUGGCCUCCCAACCGAUCACGAUUUAAGGAAAUCCCUGACGGGUAAACCUAUUACCAGUGUACACCAGUUGAUGGACAACAUUGAUAAGUAUAGAAGAGUAGAGGAAGAUCAACUUCAAGGAAAAGGAAAGGCCAAGGUAAUCCCUCAGGAAAGGAGGGAUUUCAGGUCGGAUCGUUAUAACAGUAACCGACCCCGGAAGGACUUUGUCGGGCAGUCGGGUUCUGCGGACACCCAGGUGGUUAAUGCAGUGUUUCGAGAACUGGUGCAGCAGGUUUUGGAAAAGAUAAAGAAUGAACUCUUUUUCAAAUGGCCGAACAAGAUGGCGGGAGAGCCUAGGAAACGCAAACCGAACUUAUAUUGCCAUUAUCAUCAAGAUCAUGGGCACACGACGAAAAAUUGCAGGACUUUAUGGGACCACUUGGAACAGUUGGUCCGAAAAGGGAAAUUAAAGCAACUCUUGCAUCACUCCAACAGUAGGGCAAGUCAAACAGGCUCAGAGAUGUGUGGGGACGCUUCUUCAAGACUUCCCCUGGGUACAAUCAACAUUAUUUUUGCUGCCCUAGGGAGGACUGGAUCUUGCCCCUCCAGGGUACUGUCGGUGUUCCGACCCCCGGCCGAGGAUCAUUCCCAAGCAUCGAAGAGAGCCAGGGUGGAUGUCCCCCUGAUUCUGGGCUUUUCGGAUGAGGACAUGGUUGGAACCAUACAGCCCCAUGAUGAUGCUUUGGUGGUCACGCUGAGAAUUGGUGGGUACGAUGUCAGAAGGGUGAUGGUAGAUCAAGGAAGUGCUGUGGAUAUAAUGUAUCCAGACUUGUAUAAGGGGAUAGGUCUGAAGCCAGAAGAUUUAACAACCUACAGCUCCCCUCUAGUAAGUUUUGAGGGAAGGAUGGUCGCUCCCAAAGGAUUGAUUAGACUACCUGUGCAGGCCGCCGAUGAGGUAGAUUGUGAAGAUUUGAAGAGGGUAACUGUUGCUGAUGAUCUGGAAAAAUUCUUCCAGAUUGGGGCUAAAUUGCCUUUGCAAGAAAAGGAGAGCUUGCUGGAGUUCCUCUAG